CUCCAAGUUUUUCAUUCAUCAUCGAACUUGCCCAAAGGUGAGUCGGUCGGUUUGAGUUGUACGCAUGUCCCGCCGCGACCCAAUGAGUUUGUUAUUCGUCUUCGUGUGUACGUGUGUGCAAUUUUGUUUGUUUAUAUCACACAGCAACCAAAGGCGUUCAGCGUUCGUUCAAGGUGUUGCAAGCUCACUCAACAACACGGACGGUGAGGAUACAACCAAAAACUAUCAUCACACGCCUUGUCGUUCAAUAAAAAAAAUCUCUUGCCGGAGUAGUGCUCGGACCCCAACCGGUGAACUGAUAAGACACAACACGAUCGUCUGUUGUACGAUUUUUUUGCGGGCUGGAAAUCGGGUUUCCAACAAAAGCAACCAAAACAAGCUUGUGUCUUCCCCAAAAGAGAGUAGCCAAACAGUAGUAGGAAGUUGUCCAAACAACAAAACGUCCGUCAAACUCUGUUGUCGCAGUCUGAAACGCGCCGAUGAUUGAUGCCCUGCGAUGCGUUACUGCAGAAUAGUGAAUGCGUAAGGUUGUGUUCUCGUUUGCCAGUGCAUACAGCUGCCAGCCGCCGUUAGCGUAGCCGCCUGCUGUUAAUGCUGCUGCUGCCACUGCCGAGCAGAGCCUGGCGACUGCUGGCUGUGGAUUGAGCAAAAUAUCAUCACUUCUCGCACAAACAUCAUCAUUUGUUCGGAUUAGAUAUCACACAGACUUAACCGCGGGCAGUUUAUGCGAGAAUUCUCGGUACCUAUGUGUCGCCACGUCAUAGCCACCACUUCACGUUGUUAACGUUCGUCGUCGUUCAUGCCAAGAAGAAAAAAAAUCAAAAGAGAAACAAUAAACAAAUACAAAAUUUACCGUCGCCGUGAUGUUUUUACGUUCAAGUGUUUUGUGAAUGAAUAUCAUCGGCGGCCUACAAAAUCGGAAGCUCAAAAGAAUGCAAAAAAUUGCAAAAAAAAAGUUUCAAAAAAUAAACAAAAAUUACAGUAUUUAAAAUAAAAUAAUAAAAAAAGGAUAAAGAAAACAAAUAUUAUAAAUGAAUAAAAAUAUUAGAAAAAUAAAAGAAAAUAUUCAAAACGAAAAUAGCCCGCUUCCACAAAAUUAUUUAAACAAAUAUAUAUAAAAUAAUUAAAAAAAAAAUAAUAUUGAAAAUACCUACAUAUUUAAAAAGAGUAUAUUAAAAACAAGUGUUAAAAAAGUGUCUAAUAAAAUUCCUGAAAAGUGUCUAACCCGCCUGCAACUAUGAUCACUGUAUUUAAAAGAAUAUUUCUUUAAAUAAAUAAAAAAAAUAAAUACAAACCGAAAAGAUAUUUUUCAAAGAAAAAAAUAAUUUCAAUACUUUUGAAGUUUUGUUUCAACACUCAUUCUCUCAUGUCACAUGGAAUAACAUUUAGUCGAGCCCCUUCACAAACCGAAAAAAGGAUACAUAAAAGGAUAUACUCAGUGUACUAGAAAAUUUGGGGCGUUACCAAGUUUUUGUUAGUUCGAAAAGUGUUAAAUUUUAAAAAUUAAAGUUAUUAAAAAUUUCUGCGGAAAAUUUAAAAAUUUCGCAACGUUUCAACAAUAAUACAAAGUCGUCACAGUUGCCGUAAAAACCACUGCUACUGCUGCCGUCGUCGUCGCCACAACCGCCACCGUCGCUGUCAUUCCAACCCGUCAAAAUCAUCCAAAACAACAUCCUGCCGCCGCACUGCCAAAUAAGCAUCGUUGGAACCAAACCUCGUGAUAUCGCAAAAGACGCACAUGGGCGUCUGUACCGAAGAGCGCCCUGUGAUGCAUUGGCAGCAGAGCGCAAGAUUUCUUGGGCCAGGUGCAAGGGAAAAAAGUCCAACACCACCUGUAGCACAUCAAGGAAAUGCUGCACAUUGCGGCAGUGCUGCAGGUGCAAAUAACAGUAGUAAUAACAAUAACAACAACAAUAAUAAUAACAACAACAAUAACAACAACAACAGUAGUAGUAAUAGUCAUAGCAAUCAAUUCAUAUUCCGAACAUCAGCCUGCUCAACAUGUCCCGAUAUCUGUGAACACAGUACAAAGCCGUUCAGUGCAGCGGCGGCCGCCUAUUCAGUUGCAUUUAGAAGCUAUGAAACAGCCGAACAGGCCACCUUCGAUGACAGCUCCAUCAAAUACGCCAUCAGUCGAGGCCAAACGGAGUGUCCGGACGAUCUCAACGAUGAGACCAAUUCCGGUAUAUCCUUCAAAACGGAACCCUAUGGACCACCCAGUAGUCCCGAGUCGGCGACUGAGACAAAACCAAAUUGCAGUCCACCCUGUGCCGGGUGUGGGCGUUUGAUACAGGAUCGUUUCUACCUCUCUGCUGUGGACAAACGGUGGCAUGCCAGUUGCCUGCAAUGCUAUGCAUGUCGACAACCCCUCGACCGGGAAUCUUCGUGUUAUUCGCGCGACGGUAAUAUUUACUGCAAAAGCGAUUAUUAUAGUGUUUUUGGUACACGACGCUGUUCCCGCUGCCUGGCAUCAAUUGGAGCCUCCGAGCUGGUAAUGCGAGCGCGAAAUUUAGUAUUUCAUGUGACCUGUUUUUGUUGUGUGGUCUGCCAGAGUCCCCUAACAAAAGGUGAUCAGUAUGGGAUAAUAGAUGCUCUCAUCUAUUGUAGAACCCACUACACCAUGGCCCGCGAAGGUGACACCGCCUCGACCAGCCUCGGUCCGGCCGUGGUGCCCGGUGUGGGCGGUGCCAGCAGCUAUCCGUACACAAGUCAAUUUGGUUCGCCACCGAAUGAUUCGUCGAGUCCCCACUCGGAUCCGACACGCAUUGUUCCUAGCAGUAUAUUUGCCUCCGCCUCUCACGUCAUGACCGGUCUUCCACAGCCGCCCCGGCAAAAGGGCCGGCCCCGCAAACACGAAACGUUUGUCCUAACCAAAGCCCAUUUUCUCCAAACAGAUUUAAACACUGAGUAUUUGGACUUUGGACGCGGUUCGCACAUGAGUGCCUCGUCGCGUACAAAACGGAUGCGAACGUCCUUCAAACACCAUCAGCUGAGGACCAUGAAAUCGUACUUUGCCAUAAAUCACAAUCCCGAUGCCAAGGAUCUGAAGCAGUUGUCACAGAAGACAGGUUUACCAAAGAGAGUAUUACAGGUGUGGUUCCAAAAUGCCCGUGCCAAAUGGCGUCGCAUGAUGAUGAAACAAGAUGGCUCCGGCAUGCUGGAAAAGGGCGAUGGCACCCUGGAUCUGGACAGCAUAUCCGUGCACAGUCCCACCUCCUUCAUGAUGGGCGGCGGUCAGAGUCCAACGCCGCAUGGCAUGGAUUAGUAUACGUAGUAGUUGUUUGUACUCUCUGGAUUCUGUGACCUCACCACCUCAAUGAGCAUUAUGGAACUCUGUAAUCAGAAGAGCAGUAACAACAACAUCCACAAUGAAUUAUAACAUCAUCCUUCUCAUGAUCUGCAAAGGAACCUUUUUUCCACAUAGAUUUAACGGCAGGGACACAUAAAUCUAUUCAACAUCCAUAUUCACCCAUACACCCACACACGCAUCCUUAGAGAUCAAACACCUCUAAAACCAUUCCUCUAAUCGGAGGAGAUUGGAGGCACAACAACGUGAUAGCAGAAUGAGUACAUGCGACCAGUAAUCUUUUACUACUGUCUCCAAAUUUCAUUAUACAUCGGGAACUUUUCAAGUAUCCAUGAAAAACUCUCUCACACAUACACGCAGUCAUACAUUUGUAUGUAUUGGAAAAUACUCCAAAUACCCAAACAUUUGCAAAUAUGAAAUAUUUAAAUGUAGAAAAAAAAAAAACAAUCGAGCAGGCUUUAUGUAGAAUUUUAUUUGUGAAUUUUAAUUUAUUUUGUCGUAGUGCAUGUUCGAUAAAAGGUUUCCACAAUGUUUGUGGAGGAGGAGAAAUAAUUCGUUUGGAGCAAAAGGGAUAUAUGUAUUUAUCUUAAAAUAAUGCGAGGGAAAAAUAUAAAUUUGGAAAAAAACAAGUUCAAAGUUUUCCCUGAAUUCUAGUGUAUUGCGCUAGAACUUGCAUUUUUAUGCGCCUUCGGUUGAUAAAGAUAUGGGGAAGAGGUGUGCAGUUGGAAUACCACCAAUGGGAUAGACGAGCCUCAUUGUGUCUUCACAACACAUACUUCACUUUCAAUGGCCUUCCCAAGAAAAAAAACCUGUUAAUACGACGCAAACCUCAGCCAGGACGAACUUCAUAUUUCCUUCACCUGAAUAAUAUCCAAACCUGCUCGAAAAAUUUGCCAAGAGUUCAAAAUAAGUAUAUGUAUGUAAAUAACCCAAAAUAACACUGUGUGGAUUUUUGGUCAUUUCGUAAGUUAUGAGAAAUUUAAGCCUACCCCACAAGGGAUAGGCCAAUAUCUAUCAUCUUCACGCCAUAUCUUGUGUUAGUAGAAAUAUUGGAAUGCAUGGAAUUUUAAUAGAGUCGGAUGCUUAUUUCAUAUUUUAUGAGAUCUAUAAUUAUUCAAAAUGUUGACCCGUUGUGGGGGAGGUACCAAAAGGAGUGGUCCACAUUCACACCAAAUCUUAUGUUAAUAGAAAUAUUGAGAUGAGUGAAGUUUGAAAAAAAUCGGAAGCUUAUUUCGUAUUCUUAGGUCGUUUUGUUAUUUAAAAUUUAAUCCCUCUGUUGGGGAGGUACCAGAAGGAAUAGAUCUAUUUAUCGCAUCUUCAUACCAGAUUUUGUGUUGUUGGAAAUAAUGAGACGUGUGAAGUUUGAAGAGAACCGGACGCUUAUUUCGGAUUUUAUGCUCGUUUUGUUUAUUCAAAAUUUUGACACUGGAGACGGUACCAGAAGGAAUAGUCCCAUCUCUACCAUCUUUGUAACAGAUCUUGUGUUGAUAGAAAUAUUGAGAUGUGCCAUGUCUAAAUGGAAUCGGAUGUUAAUUUCCCUUUUAUGAGCUUCGUAGGUAUUAAAAAUUUUGACCCUUUGUGGCGGAGAUACCAGAUGGAGUGGAUUGAUAUAUGCCAUCUUCACAGAAGACCUUGUGUUAAUAUAAAUAAUAGGAUGUUUGAAAAAUGAAGAUAACCAGCUGCUUAUUUCAUUUUUUAAGAUCGUUUUGGUUAAUCAAAACGUUGACCCCUUGUGGGGUAGGUACCAGAAGAAACGGUCCGAUCUCUAUCGUCUUUAUAACAGAUCUUUUCUUGAUAGAAAUAUUGAGAUGUUCCAAGUCCGAAUGGAAUCGGAUGUUAAUUUUGCGUUUUAUGAGCUCCAUGGGUAUACAACAUUUUGACCCUUUGUGGUAGAGGUGCCAGAAGGAAUGAAUCGAUAUAUCCUAUUUUCAUAGCAGAUCUUGUGUUAGUCAAAAUAAUUGCCUAUGUGAAAUAUGAAAAAAACCUGAUGCUUAUUUCGGAUUUUAAAAUCGUUUUUGUUAUUCAAAAUUUUGAUCCUUUGUGGGUGAGAUACCAAAUGAAGUGGACCAACAUAUUCCAUCUUCACACCAGACCUUGAGUUAAUAUAAAUAUUGUGAUGUGUGUAAUUUGAAGGCAAUCGGACUCUCACAUGACAUUUUAUAACAGUUAUGUUUAUUUAAAAUAUUGAUGGUUUGCGGGGCAGGUAGUUGGUGGAGUGGACCGAUAUUGUCUAUUUUCUCACCUGACCUAGCACUGAUGCAAAUAUUAGGAUUAGCAAAGUUGGAGCAAAAUCGGAUUAUCCUUUCUCUUUCUGAAAAUAUUACGAUGUACCAAGUUUGGACCAAAUCGGAAAAUCCCUUCGAGAAUUACUGUGCGCAGCAGCCACACGGACAUCACUAGAUCGACUCCAAAUGUCUUGAAGCGGAUUUAGUCCAAAGAGACCAAGCCAUAUGGCUAGGGGUAUAAUAGAAAUCACUGACACAUAAACUCCAAACUACUUCUUCAUGGACAAAAUCGCCAAGGACCAAUUUCAUUUAUAAUUAUAGCUUCAGCCAUUUGGUUACACAGGGUAUAUAUCAUCCGAUACGUGCCUAAUCGAAGUGACGGUUUUUGGAACAGGUCUCUUUAGACGAAAUCUAUUUCAGAAAAUUUGUAGACGACCUAGCGGUUUCCGUCUGGCUGGUGCUCACGGAAAAUCUCAUGGAAUAGGAAAGCAUCAUCCGACUUUUCAAUAUUUGUAUCCUCCAUAGACUUAAUGUCAAUAUAGGGUAUAUCGGUCCAUUUCUUCUGGUACCUCCCCAAGCAGGAUUAAUAUAUUGAACAAUUAUAACUUUCAUAAAAUGCUAAAUAAUAAUACGCCCAUAUAUCUUUUAACUUCGAGCGAAUGUGGAACUUAUCGGCACACUCCAGCCGGUAUCCUCCCCAGAAGGGGUCAAUAUUUUUUAUAACUGUAACUCUCAGGGAAUGGGAUAAUAUGUCCCAUUCGGGUUAGGACAAUGUUUAAAAGAAAUGUUUAUAACCUCCACCAUAACAUUGGAGGCUCCAUAUAGGUCCACAAUUUGUUAUAGCCCCUAAAUAACGGUACCGCCACAUUUAUGGGAUUUUGAGCAUUUGAAUCAUAUUACAGAUCAUAGUAGAAUUAAUCCUUGCAAGGAACUGUCCACAAAGGUCAAAGUUUUAGUAUAGUCCUCACAUAAGUGUACCUCCGAAUGUUCGGUAUUUUGAUUAUUUUUGUACCAUUGUUCACCAUAAUUAUGGCAAAAUUUUCAUUUGGAGUUGUUAAUGGAAACUACAUCCUAAGAUAGAAAAUUACUUAUGCAGGUACACGUCUUCAUCCACCUAACGAUACUUCCCAAUAUUCGGUACAAAUUUUGGUGAUUUCAGCCACAUUGCUCGACGGAAUUUUUGUAAAGUUGGUAUUCGGUACUAUCUUCGCUGGUAAAAAGUUCUUCUUUUCUACGUUUUCGCACCGCCUCCAAAUAUUCGUUAUUUCUAGGAUUUGCGUCACUUUUAUAAAGGAAUCGUUUCAAAUUUUAGUAUUUUGAGUUUGUGACCUUCUAAAGGUACCUCUCGAUACUCAUUAUUUUGAUGAAUUUAGUCAUAUAUUUUAACGGAAUGGAAUGGAACUUGGAGUUCACAAGAGGUAUCUCCUCCUGUGAACUCCAAUACCAACUUCAACCUCGGCAGUAAUUUGUAUGUCCGAUAUCUUAGAAACUAACACAUCGAUAAGGUUAUUUUCUCUCCUCGAAAAUGCAAUUGAAUUAUUUCUCCUCCAUCGUAAUAUCUUGGAAAUCUUAUAAACCCAUAGUUUUGCAAUCCCAACAUGUCCUGGAAUAUUAUGGGGGAAAAUGAAAAAAGUGUGCGUUUUUAAGUUCUUUGUCUAGUCAAAAUUGAAAAUAAAAAUUAUUUGAAAAAUGCUAGGGUAUUUC